AUGAGGUUGAUCGAUGCGGCCGCAGCCGACGUCUCUCCAUCGACCGGCGUAAGCACCUCCGAAAAUAUCAAGGCGGCUUACAACGCCGUCCAUGCCGGCAGACCAGCGCUGAACUAUGGGCCUCCUACCUCGAUCUUUAGCCCCCAAUUGGCUCGGCUGAGUGAUCGCCUCCAGAAUCUCCACAGUGUGGAGCCCAGCGCGUUAUACCUAAAGCAUAGCCAUGAGUAUAUCGUGCACGCAACCGAUUUCUACGGGAAGGAGAUGGAUCGGGAGACAAACCUCAAAACCACUAUCGACGACAUCUUGGGAGCGGAGGGCCAGUGGCAGCAUCAGUUUGCCAACAAGAAAGCCAAGCCCGACGCUACCUGGGGUAUGCCUAUUUAUAUUGUAUACGAAGGCAAGAACGAGAACGGCCAGGGCGACGCAUCGCUUCAGGGCAUCCUUGUGUAUAGGAAGAUGUUGACAUUACCUGACUACCGGGCCGUCAUGCAGUAUUCCAAUUGCCCUAUCAUUCUGAUCGGCACGAUGGCAAACCGCCUCGAGAUCUCCGCUGCGAUCUUCACGGACGGCAUAUAUGCUGACAAGUUGGUCUCGCUAGACCUUCUUCUCGGUUUCGAUGGCGAGGAGAACGUCCUGCGGCUCGCGCGUAUACUCCAUGUUCUCGCUAUCUCCGCGCAGGAGAUUUGCGCACAUUAUGAGGAGGCGCGUAAUAACCCACCAUCGGAUCUGAUCGCAGUCGUCCUCCCAGACCCGACGCCUGUUUUAGGGGAGACCCUGCCGAAAAUGACAUUCAAGAGCAAGCUCUCCCGCUCCAACAAGGCUCUUGAUAUUGUAAAAACUGACGCAGAGCGUUGUCACGGCCUCUACCUCGCGACUAUGCCGCAACCGCCUCCCGUUGGCUCGAAUCCGUCGUCAGAGGCUCUGAGAGAGGUUGUGGUCAAGUUCACCAAGCGCUACAACCCGGAAGCCCAUCGCUUGCUUGCUGCGGAGGGUCUGGCUCCAGCCCUCCAUGCAUGCUCUCAGGUUCUCGGUGGCCUAUACAUGGUCGUGAUGGACCGCAUCCGUGAUGGACAGCCUCUCGAGCUCUGUCGGAAUCGUAUCUCGCAGACCGUAUAUGAUGACGUGAAGAAAGCCAUGUCGCUACUUCACGCCGAGAACAUCGUCUUCGGUGACUUGCGCCUACCGAACAUAAUGUUGUUGCCUUCUGGGCGUGCAAUGCUAGUCGACUUCGAUUGGGCAGAUGCAGAUGGCAAGGGGAGGUAUUCAAGCAUGCUCAACGACAGUCUAGUUGAUCAUUGGGCGCCUGGUGUCCAACGAAGGGCGAUUAUGACCAAAGAACACGAUAUCUUCAUGCUGGAAAGGCUGAAAGAUGCUGCUAAUAUGUUAAUGCCGCGCUCAGGUGCCAUGGUAUAA